CACCGAAACAGGACCCGACGGUUGCAGUGCUCUCUGAUUUUUCUGACUGGGACGAAUCGCCCAUCAAGCAGGUUCCGUCCAUCAAGCAAGGCCAUGCCACCAUCCAACCCUGGUGAAAAGUAUUCCGCUGGAAAGGAGAAUUCCGAACUGGACGACUCCUUUGAUGAUCCCGUUACACUCAAUUCUCCUAAAAAUCACACAAUCGAAAUAUCCUCGGGUAAUGUUUCGCCCAAAAAGAGGUCAACUGUUCUACGGAUAGAUGAAGCCGAGCAAGUAAAUGCCAGUUCUGCUGAAGAGCACGUUAAUGAUAGCGGAAUUGAAGGAUUCCCUUCGCUCAACAAUUUGAAUAGCGAAGUCCUUCUAACAGUUCGCGAAGUUAAAAAUGAGGAGGGAUUAGUGGAUUUGGUGUGUGUGACGGAGGAUGGCAAGGAAUCAAUCGUGUACCUUCAGGUAAAUUGCUGGGCUGAUGCUCCAUGUCGCCCUUGA